UAACCGUUUUGCUUCUUCAGGACAAAAAAAUCUCAACCGUUGGUAAUCUCGUCUCGCUGGAAUCUUACAAACCCACCGCUUCUCUGUUCCUCUCCCUCACCCCUUCUCAAUAAAAUCUGUGUUUUCUCUCUCUUCACUCUCACAACCAAAAAUGGCGUCUCUCUCUCACCUCAACCAGCUUCUCCACACCAACACCCUCCCCGUCACACCUCCCAACUCCACACCUUCAAUCUCCCCACCGACCUCCACCGUGGGAUUCCGAAGCAAACAGUUUGGAAGGCCAAUUGUGGUGGCAGAUGUCUCGAGGCGGAUGGUUUAUGUUCGGUCGAACACCAGCGACGAUGAGUGGGGUACAGAGAAGGAGGUGCCUUCUCCGGCUGUGGCGGUUACGGAGGUGAAAUUGGCCGAUGGUGAGACGCAGAAGGUGAAGAAGGCUUUGGUUGGUUCGUUUUAUGGGACGGAUCGUGGGUUGAAGGCGACGAGUGAAACGAGAGCGGAGAUUGUUGAGCUUAUUACUCAGCUUGAGGCGAAGAAUCCAACUCCUGCUUCUAAUGAUGCUUUGACUCUGCUCAAUGGAAAAUGGAUUCUCGCGUAUACAUCCUUUGCAGGUUUAUUUCCAUUGCUGUCGAGUGGACUACUACCAUUGCUUACGGUUGAAGAAAUAUCUCAGACUAUUGACUCUGAAAGUUUAACUGUCCAAAACUCUGUUCAGUUUUCCGGUCCAUUGACAACCACCUCCAUUAGUACCAACGCCAAAUUUGAAAUUCGAAGUCCAAAUCGUUUGCAGAUCAAGUUUGAGGAAGGUAUCAUAGGCACUCCACAACUGACAGAUUCAUUAGAGAUACCAGAAAAUGUGGAAUUCUUGGGGCAAAAAAUCGAUCUAUCACCUUUCAAAGGCAUACUUACUUCUGUCCAAAGCACUGCUUCAUCAGUUGUGCAAACAAUUUCCAAUCAGCCUCCAUUGAAGAUUCCAAUUUCCAACAGCAAAGCUCAAUCCUGGUUGCUUACUACAUAUCUUGAUGAAGAGCUGCGUAUCUCAAGAGGUGAUGGUGGCAGUGUGUUUGUUCUUAUCAAAGAAGGAAGUUCUCUUUUGACAAACUAAAGAAAUUAUAUUGGUUUACUUUCUUGGUCAUUGUAUAUGUAAUAAUAAUUUCCGGUUGUUCGGUUGUUCUUAUAAUUUCGUAAUAAGUAACACUGGAUUAGAUACAAAUAUGUUAUAGUACUUCAUAAUUUGGGAAUCAGGAUCUGAACUAAAUUAGAAAAUAUUGUGAAAAUGACUCGUUAUCUAUGUAUGGGACUCACUGUUUUGUAUU